AGCUGGCUGUCUAUGGACUGAGAUCUCUGAAACAAUGAACCCCCAAAUAAACUUUUCCUCCUCUAAAAUUGUUCUUGUUAGGUGUUUUAACCACAGCAGUGAAAAAGCUGACUAAAACAGUGAGGUUAUCAAAGGGAAGACUCAGGACACAAUUAUUUGGAGCAAAAUGAUAGUUUCUUUAAGUUGUAAAAAAAAAAUGCUGUAAUAUUGGAAAUAAAUCCUUCCCAAGUGACAUUAAGUUUCCAUCUAUCUGCACAUUCACAUGCAUAUUUGCCUUGCCAAAUCCUCACAAAACUUUUAACCCGUAACUAAUAUUACCAAGAAUUCAAUGAAACUUAGGCAAAAGAACUUCCCAAAGGCCACAGAGAUAUUAAAGAGAAGCAAGAUUCAAAACAGAGCAUCAGAUGCCACUUCUAGUGCUUCUUUCCACCAUAACAUUUCUUUCUUUGAUUGAUUAGAUAACCAAGAGUUUCUAGUAAGGAUGUGUGUUGGAUCUGAAAUGUUCUAAUCAGGACAUAGAGAAGGGCUAUAAAUGAACUUGCCAUAAGGGUCAGUGUUAUCCUGCUAAUGAUGCUGUUUUCCACAAUUACACAACUUUCCCAUGUUCUCUACUGAUGCUGAAAUACUCCAAGCUUGAUCCAGAAUUGUUUAGAAUUGUAGUGGCUCAAAGCCUGAAAAGCAUUAUUGCUUUCUUUGACUGCUGUUCUGAAAAUCAGGAUGAGUAGGGAAAUAGAAGCAAACUGGGACCAAAAUCCAGAAGUUCAUGGCCCAGGUAAGGCUUCUUCUGUGCUUCAAAACAGCAUGUUGUGAGCAAACUGCAAAGAACCUAGACCCACUAUCUGCUAUUUAGUGCCUUAGUUUUGGGUAGGAGGCUUACUUUGACAUUGUUAAACAUCUUUUUUUACUAUAAGAAGCCACUGUAAAACACAACUAUUGGGGGAGUUUAGAAGCUCAAAUACACAUGGAAGACAAAGUUUUUAGGGAAACUCUUCCAGAGGGAGUAGGGUCAUUCUUUCUUAAAGUGGGGAAUCUCCUGCUACCAGCCCAAGGCCGGAUUCCAUAUCCACCAUCCCCACCUCCCAAUGUGAAGCAGAAUCAUUUUCCUGCUGAGAUCUGGGACACUCUUUGGCUUCUGAUGGAAACUACUCUCCUCUCAGCCAGAUCAGCUCUGCCACCUUCUGUGGAGGUAAUCCAUGAGCCAGGUCCGUCGGUCCUCGGGAAAUGCUACUACCACGAUUGCAAUUGUCGCGCACGCCUUCGCCAGUCAGACUGCUCUACCACUGUUGCGCCCGGGGUCCCAAGACGCAUCACCCAGAGUGGAAACAUGCAGCCAGGAGCGGCUCUGCAGGCUGUGCUGCUGGCGGUGCUGUUGGCGGGGCCACGGGGCGUGAAAAGUCGCCUUCUGAGCGCAGCCUCGGAUUCGGACCCCAGAGGAGGGCAGCUGGUUUGCCGGGGAGGGACACAGAGGCCUUGUUAUAAAGUCAUUUAUCUCCAUGAUGCUUCUCGAAGACUGAACUUUGAGGAAGCCAAAGAAGCCUGCAGGAGGGAUGGGGGCCACCUAGUCAGCAUCGAAUCUGGAGAUGAGCAGAGAUUGAUAGAAAAGUUUAUUGAAAACCUCUCAGCAUCUGAUGGUGAUUUCUGGAUUGGACUCAGAAGGCAUGAAGAGAAGAGAAGCAACAGCACAGCCUGCCAAGACCUUUAUGCUUGGACUGAUGGCAGCAUGUCAAAAUUUAGGAACUGGUAUGUGGAUGAGCCUUCCUGUGGUAGUGAAGUCUGUGUAGUCAUGUACCAUCAGCCUUCAGCACCUGCUGGCAUUGGGGGCCCCUACAAGUUCCAGUGGAAUGAUGACCGAUGCAACAUGAAGAACAACUUUAUUUGCAAAUAUUUUGAUGAGAAACCAACUGCUCCUUCCACAAGACCUGGAGGUGAAAGAACAGAGCCAGCAACACCCACAAUUCCAGAGGAAACGCAGAAAGAAGAUGCCAAAGAAACAUUUAAAGAAAGUAAAGAAGCUUCCUUGAAUCUUGCCUACAUCCUAAUCCCCAGCAUUCCUCUUCUCCUCCUCCUUGUGGUCACCACAGUCAUAUGUUGGGUUUGGAUCUACAGAAGGAGGACAAGGGAACAGGCAGACCCUAGCAUAAAAGGAAAACACAACAUCUGGCCCUCUCCUCACCAAGAACACAGCCCAGACCUAGAGGUUUACAACGUCAUAAGAAAACAAAGUGAAGCCGAUUUAGCUGAGCCCCGGCCAGACCUGAAGAACAUUUCAUUCCGGGUGUGUUCAGGAGAAGCCACUCCUGACAACAUGUCUUGUGACUAUGACAACAUAGCUGUGAACCCUUCAGAAAGCGGGUUUGUGACUAUGGCAAGUGUGGAAAGUGGAUUUGUGACCAAUGACAUUUAUGAGUUCUCCCCUGACCAAAUGGGGAGGAGCAAGGAAUGCAGAUGGGUAGAAAAUGAAAUAUAUGGUUACUAGGACACAUGAAAAAAAAAAACUUGAACUGAUAAGAAUGGAAAAUAUAUAAGAAGAAAAUUCUCCUAUUUUCUAUAAAGGGAAGUACUCAGAAUGUCUAUGAAAAUGCUCAGAUCAGGUCCUGGGGGUGAGCAUGUGAUCCCCACUAACCCCUGUUGGGUUCCCAAGUUCUGGCUUUAUCCCUUGUCCCAGUCUCUUUCUCACCCAGCUGGACCUUAUGAAAAAGCACCUUGGGGGCUGGGAUUGUGGCUCAGAGGUGGAGCGCUUGCCUAGCAUGUGUGAGGCACUGGGUUUGAUUCUCAGCACCACAUAUAAACAAUUAAGUAAAAUAAUAAAGGUCCAUCAAUAACUAAUAAAAAUAUUUUUUAAAAAGCACCUUGGCACAUAGUGGUGUCCCAAUAAAUGUCAGUCAACUGUCAGUUAAAGAAACAGUACUUUGACAAAAAUGGAGCUUGUAGCUGUAGAACAUGGGGAGCCCACCUCUAGGUUCUGUUUUUCUUGCUCUAUAUAGCAGCACACAUAAUCACAAAGAGACAGACUACAGCAUCUCUUCAAAGCCCAAGUAUAGUAGCCCCAGGCUGGCCUGCCCAUCAGCAAUUUUCAUAUCUUUUUUUUUACUCAAAAAAUAAAAUCAAAUAAAAAGCAGGAAACAGAAUGUUAGUCAGUCUGUGUCUACAGCCCUUCCUCUGCAUGUGGCCUCAGGGGCCCUUUUUUUUUUUUUCUCCUGACAUCUAAACUUAGAAAUGUUCAACUUGGAAAUACUUUAAAAACUAAAAAUGAAAUUUGUGUCUAUGCUUCUAAACUUAUUUGUGAUCCCAGCCCUGAUAAUACACGUUGUCUUAUUUGCACAUUCAUUUUACUAUAGCAUCAACAUAUUACUAAGAUUGAUAAUAAUCCUACUUUUUUUGGUGGUGGGGGGGACAUGACUAUAUGACUACUUCAAAUACUUUUGGUCUCAAAUCCAGAGAAAAGUUUCUGGAUUUGAGACCAAAGGCCUGAUAUCAGUCAUGUAAUUUAGUAAGUCAUAUACAUUUCAAAAAUCUGAAAGCCAUUAUUUAAAUCACCAGCAACCUCUCUCUAUCAACUUAAUAAUCUUAUCAUUUUAACCAUUUCCCUCUUAGGAAUUAUUUUUAAUAGUCUAGCAAUUAUGUCUCAUAUAUGGAGCCCCAAACUAGACAAUUAACUAGUCUGGAUCAGCAGUAUCAAAUGCAGUGAAUUGUAACCGCUGUCCAACUAUCUGCCCUAGUGAGUCAGAGAACAGGGUGGAUAACAAAAAUAUUAUUUCUGUCUGUUCUGGAAGUGUGUUUUGUGGAGUUACAACAUUUGAAGCAAAAGCAGUGAGCAGCAUGCCGUCUGAAGGACUAAUUCAUUGCUCUAAAAUGUCCAAAUUCCCACUUUGCCUCAUACAGGUUACUCUAAAACCUGUCUCUUUAUCCUCUACUGUGUCCCCACUAUCCCCUGCUACAAGGCUGCAAACUCCAUGAGGAUAGCAACUCUACCUGCCCCUCUGCAUUCUACUUGUUGCAACCUAUGACAGCACCUUUCAGAGUAUGCAACCAAUGUUUGUUGAAUAGAUAGAUGCACAAUGAUUCUUUCAGACUGAUGUGAAAUUGUCUAAAUAUUUCAGAUGAAAAAUUUGUAGGACCUGUUUUUUACAUGCCUCCUAGGUGGAGGAGGUAAAUGAACAAUUUUAGUUUGAAAAGGCCUCCUGCUACCUAGGAAGGAGGAAGCAUAGCCACUAGGAACUAGAAGCUACUGAAUUAUGUUAACAACUUAUUUUAAUUAUGUCACAAAACUUGAAAUGUAGAGCCUUUUGUUUUUAAUACCAGUGGUACUAGGGAUUGAAUCAGAGGUGUUCAACCACUGAGCCACAUCCCCAGCCCUUUUUGUAUUUUAUUUAGAGACAGGGUCUUGCUGAGUUAUUUAGGGCUUCGUGAAGAGCCAUUCUCAACCUAUAAAGGCAAUCAAGUUAUGAGCAGAGCAGGCCCUUUGCUCUUUAGCAUCUUCCCUUUAUCAUUAGUGUGUUAUCUCUGUCAGGACUCACAGAUCUCUUCUACCUGUUUACACACAGUAAGUCUUAGCCUAUAUUUUAAUUAUUCACUUCCUUUUUUCUUCUUCACAUGUACAAGUUUAUAUUUAUCCAACUCCAUUUCUACUUCUAAUAAUUGCACUUCACUUAUGUAAUAAACAUCUUCUAACUCUUAAGUGUUCGCUGUGUUCAAAUUGAACAACAGCUUAUUCAUUAGGCCAGGAUUAUUUAAAAAUUUAGUAAGCCUGUAUUAUCAUUUAAAAUGGUAAUUCCCCUAGGGCUGAGGUAGAGUGCUUGCCUAGCAUGCACAAGAUCCUGAACUUGAUCCCCAACACCACAAAAAUAAAUAAAUAAGUAAAACAAAAUAGCAGUUCCUGACCUUUUUCCUCCAUUGUGACAAACAUGUCAGAUGAAUUGUAUGUUUGAGAUAACCCCUGUGGUCUGUCUACUCCACAAGUAUUUCCUGAAUACCCACCAUGUGCCUUGUACUAGAAUGUGGCCCACAGCUGGAUUUAUGGCUGAGGUUUGUAGAAUCUAGUUAUAUGUUAUAUGCAUUGCCAAAUGUGGUAGCUGUGAGGCUCUUUUUUUCUCUUAUACUAUAUUCACUCAUUCAUUUAUUUGAAAAAUUUUAAACAUGUCUACUUUUGUGGGGAGACAUGCUAGGUAUUAGACAUAUAGCAAUAAGUAAUAUGGAUUGACUCCAAUUUAUAGGGCUUAUAUUUUAGAGGGGAAAAGAAAUAUAUCAGACACGAGUUAAAGAGAAUUUGCUAUAAUUUGUUUUUUUUUAAUUAUUUUCAGCUCUUUCUAUUUGCCCUUUUCUUUCCCUUCCCUUCUUUUCUGUUCCUGAAUAGUUACAACCUAAAGCCAACAUGAGAGAAAGUUAGACAUCUGUAUCUUGGGGAUAGAGAGAAGACUAGAAUUAGACCCCAUGAUGUUAGAUAAAAUUACAAACAUGGGUUUCAACUCUUCGCUUUCUAUAUCAAGUAUAGAUACACAUAUGUAUCUAUGUAUGUACAUUCUCCACUAAAAGAAACCAGAACUUCUUGAAAAAAUGGCUGAUUGCAGGAUGGAACCAGGAAAAAUACAAGAUUUGCCUUGGGUAGUAGCUACAAUUAGAUAGAAGUAAUAAGUUCUGGUGUUCUACAGAAUAAUGAGGGGCCUAAAGUUCACAAUAACCUAUUGUAUAUUUUAUGAAUAACUGCAACAGAGGAGCUGGAAGUCUUCAAACACAAAGUAAUGGUAAGAAGAUGGAAAAUAUUAAUUUCCCUUUACUUUAUCAGUACAUACUUUAUACAUGCAUUGAAACAUCCCACUGUAUCCCAUAAAUAUGUACAGCUGUUAUAUGUUAAUCAAAAAUUGUUUAAAUGUUUAAAAAUGUGGAAAAAAAUGGUUUGGGAACUUUUCUGCUGGCAGAAAACAAGGAAGUAUUUAAGAAAGAGGGGAAUAUAUCAGUAGAUCACAGAAGUCUGCUUAUAGUGGCCCACUCUGGUUAACUGGGAUAAUUCAGCAUCAAAAUCAAUAAUUAUAAUGAUAGGAUAUAACCUAUCAGAUAAAAUGAAAAUCAUGAGCCCACCUUGAUAUAAAAUAAUAAAUGAGCAAAUCGAAACUUUGAUGAAGAAUGAGAUAUUUACAGUUUAAAGUGUCUCCCCCACAAAAUGCUCAUUAAUUACCAAAGCAACACAGCAGGUAGACACCACCUUAAUCAAAUGAUCCAUGUGGAGAUCAUCAAUAAUGGGGCAAAUUGAAACCAUAGCAUCUAAUGUGAAAGGAACACAGCAUCACAUCUGUGGUAUUUCUGCUGAAGUACACAACCUAUUGACAAGGAAGCAUCAUACAAAAACAAAUUAACAGACAUUCUACAAAAUAAAUGGCUUGUGGACUUUAAGUCUCAAAAUGAUAAAUGUCAAAGAAAGACUGGGAAACUGCUGUGAUUAAAGGAGAGUAAAGACAGAUGACAACAAAAGGCACUACCUGAUUCUGAACCAGAUCCAUUUUCUGUGAAAUAACACAUGACAAAACUUGAAUGGAGCCUGAGGAUUAAAUGGUAGUGAUAUAGCAUAAGAAUUUUUUAUUUUGAUGGUUGUAUUGCAGUUAUCUAAGAGAAUGUCCUUGUCUAUAGGAAACACACAUUAGAGUAUUAAGGGAUGAGGGGAUAUCAGGUUGGCAACGUACUCUCAGAUGAUUUGAGGGAGUGUUCAUUGUACUAUAAUUGCAACUUUUUCCUCUUAGAAAUACUUUAAGGAAGAGCAUUUGCAAGCAUUGGUACUAUAAUCACUGGUAAUAUAUUGGUUACAAUACUCCUUGCAUCUAAGUUCAACACACCAGUUUGUUAUGAUGUUGUGACUGAGGGCACCUGAGAGCCUCUGAUGCAAAACAAACAUGAAUCAUUAAUAAAGCUAUCAACCAGCACCCUAUCUCCAGGCUCAGGCAUAUUUCUCAAACCUUCCUUUUGCCAAGUCCUGGCAGUCUACAAGGAACUACGAUGAUCCCCCUGCCAAAGCAAAUUCCAAGAUUCCUUCCUCCAAGAUUUCCCAUUUUUCCCAUUGUGUGAGCUAGACUAGGAAAGCAAACAAACAAAAAAACUUCAUAGUGUCUUCCAGAACUUAAAUUAUUUCAAUAUGACUUUUUCACAAAGUAUUAUAAAGCAUGUCAUGCUCAUAUGACUUCUGAACUUGUUCUAAGACAUACAUAAUGGUGGAGAUAGAGGUACCAGAUGAAGACCUAGGAAACUGCAUACCCAGAGAUGAAGAAGCAACAAUGCACAGCCCCUUCUUUCUUUCUUUCUUUGAACAGUGAAUUGUUAAGUAAUCUUAUUUUUUAAUCCAGAAUUUGGACAGCAGAAAUAAUUUCAAGAAUGAUUCAUCAGAGUAAGCUUUCUGAAAUAGAAUAAGGUCAGGUUUGAGGUUUCAAAAAAUAUGAAUCUAUUACAUUUUAUUACCCUACUGAAGAAAUACUUCAAAAUUUCUAUGAUCAGUUACACAUUUAAUCAGCAAACUUUAUAUCAGGGUCUUAAAGUUUGUGUUGUUCUAUUUUAUAGGCCCUGGUUUGGUUUAAAACAAGAUCAAGUAGAUUUUAUAACUGCUUGAUAGUGUAGUUGUGUUAGAGGGAAAGGUCUGUGAUCAAUUCCUGUGAUGCAACUCUGCCAGGAAGCUGGAGGCUGCUUUAAUUGCUUACACCACCAGGUGGCAAUGUCAGGAUGCCAUAGAAAUUUUACCUAAUUUUAACGUUCAGAUUUUGGCAUGUAACUCCCUGCAACCAAAAAGAGAAGUGGAGGAAGGACAUAAGGAAAGAUAAGACACUAUAAUGAAGUAGUUAAAAUUCUGGAUUCUGGAAUCAGGGCAUCUAGGUCCUAAGGUCUACUUCUGUCACUUACUGGCUGUGUAAUCUUGAACCAACUAGUUCAUUAUUUAAGCCUCAGUUUCUUUAUCUCUAAAGAAAGUCAUAGUACCUAUCUGGAAGGCCAUGAGAAUAAAAAUUACAAAAUAUGUGCCAUGCACUUGGUACAUGUUAUGGGUUGAACCGUGCAAAUCCGCCAAAUUUAUGUAUGAAAGUCCUUUUUAGAAACAAAGUCAUUGCAGAUAAAGUCAUUAAAACAUCAUGUGGGAAUGAAGGCAGAAAUCAAAGUGAUGCUUCUGUAAGGCAAGGAAUACCAAAGACUGCCAGCAAACCACCAAAAACAGGAGAGAUAUGAAAGAGACUCUCUCUCAGCCCUCAAAAGGAACCAAUCCUGUCAACACCUCGAUCUUGGACCUCUAGCUUCCGGAAUUGUUAGGAAAUAGAUUUCUUUUGUUUAACCUACCCAGUUGUACUACUUUUCUGUGGCAAAAUGAAUUCUCUAACAAACUAAUACUAUGCAUGGUAAAUGUUCAUUAAAUAUUAGCUGGUAUUAUUAGCUCUGUACACUUUUAAUCUAACUGUACUAAGACAAUAUUGCUUUUACUUCAAAUUAAAGGUCAUUUUUAAACUAUCA